AUGGCUUCAGAGGAGGCCACUGAGUGGCACCAGUCACUGGAUGAAUCCAAGUUCAGCUGUGUAGCGGCACUGGACAUUGCUUGUUCUUUCGACCUAGUAUGGCACCAGGGACUCUUGGCAAACUGUCUGGGCCUCAGCAUCAAGGAGACGGUGAUUCCUGUGUACAAGAUCAGAGGCGAGGAUGCUGUACUCAACUGCUACUACGACCUGGAGGGUGAGCCCUUGUACUCAGUCAAGUGGUACAAGGAUGACGAGGAGUUCUACCGGUACAUGCCAGGUUCCAGCCCAGCACAGUCUAUCUUCUCCAGACCUGGAGUCACUGUUAACCCGUCCAAGUCGAACGCGUCGCGGGUGGUGCUGACGCGGCUGGACUUCCGGUCGUCGGGGCUCUACCGCUGUGAGAUCUCCGUCGAGGACAGCUUCAACACGCUCAACCGCUUUGGCCGCAUGAUGGUCGUUGGUGAGUGUUUGGUCACCAGAGUGUGUUUAGUCGGCCAGGAUGUGUUUAGUCGCCAGGGUGUGUUUAUUUGGCCAGGGUGUAUUUGUUUGUUCCCCAGGGUGAGUUUAGUCGCUAGUGAAUGUUUGAUAGUGGAAAGUGCUUAUUUACUUGAGUAUGUAAAGCAGGGAGAUUCGCUGUUAAAAUUCGCUGGACGUUCACACAAGAAGACGAGAAUGCAGGGAGUGCUAUCUGCAAGGCCCUGUGAUAUCUCCAAGUCUGACUGGAAGCUUGGUCUCACUACCCGUCUUCUAGAGUGA